UAUAUUGGGCAUUUUUAAAUUAAAAAAUUAUACGUCAUAGGUAGCUAACUAGGUGUUAAUACUUAAUUAAAUAAUAUUAUCUAAUAGUUAUGUAUUUUAAUACCUAUGUAUAUAACUUCUCGAUCUCAAUGUAAGUAAGUAAGUACUUAGAUACCUAAUUACUUGAACAUAUUUAAGUACAUAAGUACCUAUCUAUACAAUAAAUAUGUACAGUACGGAGUACCAAAGCAACCAAAACGCAUGCCUCAAAAUCGAUUAUGUUUACGCUUUUCAUUUCAUAGCAACGGAAAGGUCUAAGCCACAAUAUUUAUUGAAGCUUGAAAAAUCAAGGUGUUGCUUUAAACAACGACAAAUAAUAAGUAACAAUGGAGGAAGAAAAGAAUAAAGAUGAAUUAGAAGAUUGGAAGGUGUAUGAAACUUUACGUACUACAGAGUUGGAUCCAGACGUGGGCAAUGAUAUCGUAACAGCUCUCAGAAGUGAUUUAGCCGGCUUACAGUACAAACGGGAUAAAUUAAUUUCAGAGAAUAGUGACUUAAAAAAUCAAAUGUUGUCCCGAGAUCAAAGAAUACUGGAACAACAAGUAGAAAUAGAUCACCUUCGUGAACAAAAUGCUCGACAAAGUGCAAUUAUAUCGUCCCUUAAAAAGAAAAUUCAAGAUCUUGAAGAAUUUAACCGUAACCUGCAAUCUUCGCAAGGUAGAAGUGAGCUAAAUGUUCAGACUCUUCAAAGGGAUAAUCGAUAUUGUGAAGAAAAAAUUAAAGAUUUGGAAAAGAAAUUAAGAUCUUUGGAGUUAGAAUGUCAUAAUGAAGAGCAACAGAAGGAAAAUGCACGUUGUCAAUUUCAUGAUCUCGUAAGGAGAUUAUCAGUCGCUUUAGAUGCCGAAUUCUGUGAUACGACACAUACACAUUCCCCGGAAAGUUUAAUUAUAAAAGCUGCUGAAUUGGUUCAAGAGAUAACGAGGCUCAAGAACAAAUGUAUGAACACAACAGAAAAUUUGUCUACCAUUGAACAGGAUCUAAGAAGCUGCAGAGAUACGUUGGAAAGAGCUAAUGCUGACAAGGAUAUUCUACAACGACAGCUCUCUUCACAGCUGCUCGAUAUAGAAAGAUUAAAACAAGAAAAAGAGUCUCUUUCAGUCUCUAACAGAGUACUAGAUAGAGAACUUCAUGAAGCUAGAGAAAAAUUAUCUCACUGUUCAAAAAAUCUCAAUGUCGUCACAGAUAAUGUUAAUCAAAAUGAAUCUAUGAUUAUUCAGUUAAAAGAGGACUUGAGACAUCGAGACGAGAAAUAUCAAAGGUUACAAACAGAAUUUCGCAAUACGAUGGAAUCUAUUGCUAUAUUGUUAAGCUUGCCAACUCGAUUCGUUGAAGCUCAUGAGAGUACUAUUAAAGACCGUAUUAGAGAAAUCCUAAGUGACAACAAGGAUAAAUCUGUGCAAUUAGAAGCUUUACGUGAUAAACUGAACAUGGAAAGCCAACAAUUGGGCAGAACUGCACAUUUACACGACCAAGCCAAUACACGCGUUCGCAUACUGGAGGAUGAAAGGAAUAUGCUAGAAGCUAAAGUGCAUAAACUGGAAUCCGAAUUAAAUGCUCUGGAGCUUUCAAGAGACAAUUUGAGAAAGGACAAAGCUAACUUCGUAGCAUUCCUUGAAAGACUGAGUCGGACGCUUAAUAUGGAUGAGUUGACGCAGGAUAUCGGUAUAGAACUCCACACCGAGUCCAUUAUGCAUAGGGCCGAGCAACUUGCAAGACUCGAGAGCGAUAAAAUUGUAGACAAGACAGCAGUAGUAUACCAACUGCAACGCCGUAUUAGAAUAUUGAGGGAACAGCUUCAAAGGAAGGAUCUGCAUCUAGAUUUAUUGCGCCGUAAGCUAAGCGUUCAAGAUGAAAGCUCCCGCGUUCGCGCAGUUUUGCAGGCAGAGAGAGAUGAAGCAGUCGGAAGAAGUAAGAAAUUAGCAAGACAAUGUGACAAGUUAACUGUGCAGCUUAGUGACGCUAGAGCACAAUUACGAGAACUUAAUGCUCAACUUGCAGAUGCAGCAGAAUACAAGAUUACUUCACUAGAAAGGGCAAGGAAAGUAGAGGAGCUUCAGAAAAAGUUGGAAGAAGCAGAAAUGCUAAGAGCGCGAUACAAUCGUAAAGUGAAUGUAUUGAAAGACCAAGUACGUGCUACAGGAGAGACGUUUGAACAAGAGCGAAAUAGUACUGAGCAUCAGAUAAGUGUUCUCCGAGACGAUCUUGCUCGAACUAAGGAAGCUCUUGUGGAGUGUCAGAGACGUGAGGCACAAUUACAAAGCUUUAGACAUUCGAUAGCAAAGUUACUGGGUAUUCUGGUGCCGGCUUCUGUAUCGGACUUCGAGAUGGUGUCCCGUCUACAGAAGCUCAUUGACGCCCACCACGACUUCACUGUCGUGUCUCGGCGUUACGAUGAUCCUGCCCUGCUACGGGCAUCUUCUAGGUCCCCACCGCCAUCAAGAUGUAGGACUAGAACUCCUGACAGAUCUCUCCGCUACGACGACUCCGGAUACGCAGACCCGGCGUUCGACCUCGAAGACGAUCUGUACAAAACACGCGCCGCCUUGUGACAGUCACGCCGCCGCCGCGCCCACUUCUAACCACGCGGAAUUCUUGGCGCAAACCCACGUUGAUUGUAUACAAAUCCGGAUAAUACUUCCUGUAACUUUGAAAUAUUUCAUCCUUAAGGAACAAGGGAAGUUUAUGUAGGACUCUUCGGAACAAUGUAACGUUAAUCUUGUUUAUAUUUAUUUGUAUAGUUCUAAGUAAGCUAAUUCGUAGGCUCUGGUUUAAGCUGGAUAGACGGUAAAUGAAACAGUAUUCCCAAAAUUUUAAUCGUAAAAUGGAACCUACUUUAUUGUUCUUUAUAUUAAAUUUUUAUGGAUUUGUUUUAAAUUAAAGUUGGCGUUAUAUACUUAGGAUUGAAAUAUUAAAAAAAAAGUUUCAAUUCAGAGCGAUUCUUCUUCUUCUUGAAUGGCAAGUCCUGAUCCCACAGAGGACGGUUUCCUUAAGUUUUUUUGCAAUAUUUAUUUGUUUAUAGUUAUAAUAAUUAGCUGUUUGUUAAUGUUUCUGUUAAUUUUAAGUAUGCUUCCAUAAUUAAUAAAAAAUACAAGUUAUGUACUUCGUUUUAUUAUGAUACUUUAUAGAUAAUAAAUAGUAAAGUGUUAUAGACUUAAAUUAUAUGUUCAGUUCGCAUGUUAAAAAUAUUUACAACUAAAUAAGUAGACAUACUGUAAAACAUAUUAUAUUACAUAAUAUUAUGUAUAAGAUAGAUGUUAGAUUUAAAUUAUUCUUUUUAAAUUUUUUAAUAAGGCCCCAAUAUAAAAUUUGAAUACCUAUAGCUUACCUACUUUAGAAAAAGAUUUCACUUCUUAUUUAAAGUUUAUAGGAAUAUAAGAUUCACCGAUAACACGUAGUUGUGUGCCCACACAUAAAUCAUUGUAUGUAUGCUAAUCACUAUGUUUUCCAUAUAUGUAUCUUUAUAGUAGUUACACCUAGUUAUAAAAAAUUGUUAUCUAAAUAAAUGUGUUACCAAAAUUUACCGAGCGACCGGUUAUUGAAAACAAAAUUUUUUUAUGCAAUGUACUUAGUUAGGCAAAAAUUA